UCGCGCAAACCAAGAUUUCACGCUACACAAUCGCAGUCUCCCAUAUUAUCUACUGUCCACCAGCAGUUGGUUUAUAAACUAAAGCUGUAGCGCAGCCGUAAUCAUGUGGGCAGUGCUCAGGGCGCGGGGGCGCGCACGGGAGACGCAGCUUCGCUCAUCGUCGUUUGCGUCGAUGGCCUGGACACAGCGAGGGGAGCUCGUGUGAGAGGUAAACUCUCUCAUUUCUCUCAGACGGGGUAGCCACAGUUUCCACCGCGAGACCAGAGCUAACGUAGAGCUUCAAACAACGGUACCCUGCACGGUUACGUUUACAUCGGUCUUUUUACGCGCUACGGCGGCCCUGGUCUCAUGGUCACCUUUAGCCAACGCUGCUCACCAUUCAUUUAUUCGACUGUAGAAAAGAGAAGUCCUGACUGGUUACAUACCGCCUUUUAGUGUGUGUCCAACAUUGCGCACCCUCCGUUUGUGAGUUUGGGGCGUGUUCAAUACAUCCAGAGAUGACCCCAACUCUGACUGAUUAUGGAACGAGACAUGUGAUAUUUCCAAUGCUGCUGACCACUCCAGAAUGCACAGCCACUGUCACAAGAAGUGACAAGUGACCAGACACAGUGGACAGCUCAGAGGCGUCCUGCAAUGAAUGGAAGGAUAGACUCCACUUGAUUAUUUGUAGGCUAUGUUUUAGGCUCAUGUCCGACUUCCCUCCUGUGUCCAGGCGCCCACCGCAGCCACAGACAGAGCUGCUCUGUCUGUCCCUUUAUUCAGACCAAUGAAUGAACUUAACCAGGACGACAAGAUUCACAAUUAAGAGCACUUUCUUUUUCUAAAUACGAUUUGAACUUUUAUAUUUUUGAAAUCAUGGGAUCCAAUGGCUAUGGCUACUACCGAGUGGUCAUUUUCUUCAGUAUGUUCACAGGCUACUCCCUGUACUUCUUCAAUAGGAAGACUUUCUCAUUUGUUAUGCCAUCUGUGAUGGAAGAGAUCAAGCUGGACAAGGAUGACUUGGGUUUGAUAGCCAGCAGCCAAACCAUGGCCUAUGCCAUCAGUAAGUUCAUCAGUGGAGUCCUGUCAGAUCAGAUCAGUGCACGCUGGCUCUUCUCCAUCGGCCUGUUUCUGGUGGGAGGCAUCAACAUCAUGUUCUCCUGGUCCUCCACUGUCACCAUGUUCUCUCUCCUCUGGUUCAUCAAUGGUCUGGGCCAAGGCUGUGGGUGGCCCCCAUGUGGAAAAGUGCUACGCAAGUGGUACGAGCCCUCCCAGUUUGGUACAUGGUGGUCCGUCCUGUCCUGCAGUAUGAACCUGGCGGGCAGUCUGGGCCCCCUGUUGGUCACGGUGCUGCUGCAGUACUACGAUUGGAGAACCAUCCUCUCCAUGUCUGGGAUUUUCUGUGCAGCCUUCUCUUUCCUCUGUAUGGCCUUUGUGAAGAAUGAGCCUAAAGACGUGGGUCUGACUAGCAUCGAGGCAGCAGCCAAGAAGAAGGGAGGAAACUGUGAGAGCACUCUUCAGGAAUUCCUCCUCUCUCCUUUCCUGUGGGUGCUGUCCCUUGGGUACUUGGUUGUGUUUGGGGUCAAAACUGCUGCUACUGACUGGGGCCAACUAUUCCUCAUGCAGGAAAAAGGCCAGACUGCUCUGAUGGGCAGUAGCUACAUGAGUGCACUAGAGGUUGGAGGUUUUCUCGGCAGCCUCAUAUCAGGAUUCAUUUCAGACAGAGCUGUUGCACGGCAAGGCCUGAGUACCCAUGGCAACCCUCGCCAUGGUCUGCUCAUUCUUAUGAUGGCUGGGAUGUAUGUGUCCAUGUACCUCUUCAGAGUCACUAUCACCCCCGAAGUGCCACAGGAGUUGCCACUUUGGUUUCAAGUUCUUCACCCUGUCUCAUUGUUGAGUGGCAUUUCAGAAAAAGAGAUCUGGAUAUUGUUCCUGGGAGCCUCUUUUGGAUUUUGUUCUUAUGGACCCAUAGCCUUGUUCGGGGUGAUCGCCAGUGAAAGUGCUCCUUCCAACUUUUGUGGAACCUCUCACGCAGUUGUUGCUCUCAUGGCCAAUGUGGGGGCUUUUAUGGCGGGACUUCCCUUCAGCACAGUGGCCAAACAGCACAGUUGGGACACGGCCUUCUGGGUGGCUGAGGUUGCAAUGGGUGCUGCUACUGUUUUGUUCUUCCUUGUCCGCAACAUGCGCACCAAAAUGGGUCCAACUGCUGAGAAGACUGAGUAAACUUAAAGGUCCUAUUUGACACUGAAUUCACUCUUGAGAGCUUUAAGCCAUGUUUGAAUGUUACCUCAGCAAAAACACACCUGGAGUUGUGUUUCAUUCACACAUGUUUGAGUAACCUUUUAUUAUUAGUCUGUCUACAUUUCCAAAGCUCAAAAUGCUCUGUUCCACCUUGUGAUGUCAUAUAACUGUAAUUUCCAAGAUAACAGCUACAUUUUACCUUUAGUUCAGUAGAGAUAGGCAAUUCCAGGUCUGAAAUCAUCCAAAAAAUUAUAGUGAAAUAAUGUGGAGUUUAAAGCACUUCCUGUAUUACCACAUGACAUCACAAGGUGGAACAAAGUGUUUUCCAUUUGAGAGAAGAACUCAGACUAAAUAUGCAGGUUUUGUGUGUUAAACAUGUGUGAAUGAAACAAAACAAGGUUCCAGGUCUGUUAAUGAUGAGAAAACAUAACAUAGACCAGAAAAUGGCUUAAUGUAAGCACACUCAUAAUAUUUGUUGUGACCAUUCAUGUUGAUUUAAAGAUGUUACUAGAAACUAGAAACAUUUGUUUAUACUCACUACUUAAUAACUUAAUUGUUGGAAUGCUUUAAAUGCUAUUAAAUAGAAUGUUUGCCAUAUGUACCUCACACAUUGUAAAAUUGUAAAUUAAAAUAUUUUCACAUAAAACUGUACUAUAUUUUUAGAUCGUAUAAAAUUUAGUAGUUAAACGUUACAGAUAAUUUCUUGCCAACUCAGAAUGUACUUGGGUUUGUUUAU